UCGCAGGGUGACGAGGCAGUUGAAGUUAAAACCCCUCUAAAACCCUUUCAACGUUUGUCUACUCGGACCACUUUCUGUCUUCUAAUGGCGUCUGGGUGUCGAUCGAUCUCAAGACCUGCUCUCAAUUUCCUGAAAUCUGCCAUGAAUAAACCCAGCAGCAAGUCCCUUCCUUCAACGCGAAGUCGUUUCUUGUCUACUACCAUUUCAAGGUCACCUUCUGAGUUGGGUUGUGUCCAAUCACUCCUUCCGUUACACAGCGCAGUUUCUUCGGCGCGUCUCACGUCGUGUCUCGGCAUUGACUCGAGGAGCUCGAGAUCGCUGUCUCAGGAAUUAGGUAUCAGCAUGCCUCGAUAAAGAGAUUGAAGUUAUAGAAAACGUCGAUGCUUAGAAUGGAGAUUGGUCCACUGUAGGAGGAGAAUGAGGAGAAACACAUGGAAUCUUUGCCUGAAUUAACAACUCUGGUAGAGAGAAUACUUUGCAGCAUAUGGAGUUUUGGAUUUUUAAAGAAUACUGUUCUCAUGCCA